AUCAGGUUCUGAGAGUUAAACAAGUAGCCUCUCUCCCACCUGUCAAUGCUCACGCGCUGAGACGCGCCCGCGCAAGCGAAAUAUGUGUCGCUGGAGCCUCGAAUGGGUCAUCGAUGUUGACACACACGUGUAGUAUCCUUUCUAGUGCCUCAAAUCAGUGUCUUGUGUUGCGAGGAGAUCCCCCCCUGUUCAAUCGUCUGCCGGUGUAUGCACCGGCUCCACCAGCGGCCACCGGUUGAUCUUAAAACGCAGCAUGACGCGGGAAAGUCCGCUGUGCUUACGCUUGCGGGAUCCAUCGGGGAGAUUCUCAGCUCGCGUGUCGUUCUUGAUUUACCUUACCCCAAGUUAUUUCAGAACAUGACACACCCUCGCUGCCGCGUUAGAUGGCAAACAUGCUGCCCCUAUCCUGACUUUUCCUUACUUCAGCGUCGCCACCUGCAUUGUGGUCUUGAGUCCGCAGCAUCAGAGAUGCGUGUCGCUGCAAUCACUCGAGGCGCGUGGGCAACACUAGAGCAUUUAUCACUUUCAUGUUUUCUUCAGAGCCCUCAGCAGAGAAGCCUGCUGCGCAACCGAUCCGGUAACGGAUCAAGCGGCGUGCGGGAUAGCGGAACACAUCCAGUUCUCGCGUCAAGCCCACAUGUUCACUGUGCUAUUAGUUGUUCGCCUCCACAUCGUAUGGCUCAUUUUCAGAAAAUUCUUCGGUCCCGGCAACUUAAACGAUCUCUGUCUGUAACACGUCCGCCACCCAAGCCGGUGGCAUCUUGCCUUGCAUUUCGAGCUGCGUUCCUGCCGCAAGCCCCGUUUUCCACUGGUAGAUCCUGUGGCGCGCGCGGGUUCUCAGUUGCCAGGUCACCGCCGACAGGUGCUGGCACUUCUCUCUGCCACCACCAUCCGUCGGAGGCAUCCGCUGAACACUGUGAUCGGCAUGGACGUCAGCUGUGCUCUUCUGGAACCGUAGGCACGUUUUCUUUGGGAAGAACCUCUCACAUCCAUGGUGCCCUAGAAACGUCUUCCUCGGAGCAUGUAUGUGAUGAAGCGAUAGCGGAUAUACCGUCUUCGACAGAAUCCGUCACGCGUCAGCCGUAUACUCCAGCGCAGUCCAGUGGGGGCGCGGAGGAGUGUGUGUCUCCGUCUUCCCUGUUUGAUGGGGAUAUCGAGGAAGAGGACUGCCCAGAAGACUUUUUGGAGGGUUUAUACACGUCUGAGAUCGCCACUCACCGUCAUGCACGCAUUUGGCUUAAACCAGGUCUCCAGAGUGCGACGCAUUCCUUGGAGACGAACGUAUGCACAGAUGCACUAACCGGAGAGAGGCAGAAGACCUCGCGGAGCGGCACUGCGGUUCCUCGUGCGGAUGAAGGCAUGCUGACGCGUCAGAACGGGGUACUCAGAUUGGUUCCAUUUCGGGAGGAAACACUUGAACGGGACAGAGGUUCUUAUUCUGAGUCGAGUUACCAUGGCGAAGAUGAUUUGUGGUCUGAAGAACAGGAUGACAUGGAGUUUUUUCCCACCGGAUCAGCAUCCCUUUCCUCAUCCAAAAACGCGGGAUAUGGGUCUCCUGGAACGACGCUUCUUUCGCGUUUGGCGCUAGCAGAACGAGAGGCGUUAAAGAUACCCCACCGGCGCGUGGGCGAAGAAAUGUAUGGACAGUGGAGCGAGAGACUCGCGCGCAUUCAAGAAGCCGUUUCUGGACCUGAUCUGCGUUCACUGGCUGUGGACCGUCGUCAUUUGGCACCAGCCAACAGCGAAAGGGGCACCACCCUAUCCGAAGCUGGAAAACGUUUUGGAUACAGUGGCACGAGGACGUCUAAGAAUCAGGCAACCGUCGGAUCUCCUCGUCGGAUGCGCGUGCUCGACCUGGAUUCUGUGAGCCCUGGAAUUCUUCAUCACUCCUUUAUGUUUCUUCUUGUCAAGCAUUUCCCAGCGGAAGUCUGUCUGAAGGUGCUAAGCAGAAUUGCGGUUUACAGAGAUCUCCACACGCAACUCGCGUACGAAAACCUGAUUCGCGACAUGAGCUUCCUGUUCACCAAGCACUACGAGACGUGCACAUCCACACCACACGACCUCGGACCGACUUUGGUGGCCUACGUUUGCCGGAUAGUGCAAACUCUCUCUAUUGCCUGGGGCGUGAACUAUGUCAGGAGAUUUGGUUGUUUUUCCAAGCAGUUCAUUGUCAAGCAGAUCGAGAGAAGUGCGAAUCCCCGCCUGUUCGACUUCGUUCGCUAUGCGCAUAAAGGAGGAGUGAAGCCGCUUCCACCGAUAGUGACUCACCCUCAUCGUUUAUCAUCAUAUGUACGGUUGCUUGAUGAAAGCUCGUCAAAAUUUUACAUGUACACUCACUUGAAGCGCCACAAACAAUUGCCCUUACAGCAGCAACUCCACGCUUCCCCUAAUCCCCAGGUGGAAGGGGCGGCCGACACUGAGGAGAGCUUCUUACGGCUGGACAAUCUGGCAUCCUCCCCUCAAGGAAAUGGAUUGGAGGAAGAGUCGCUACUGCCCCGGGCAUUCGUUGCUGCCGAGAAGGCUCUGCAGCCUGCGAAGAGAAGCCUUGCGAGGCAGACGGAGGCUGGGGGACGCAGCGGCAGCCUCAACGCUGUAUCAUCAGGGAGAAAACAGGGGAGGAGAAAACCGCAUUUCAUAUGUAGGGAGAAGGAAGAGACGUGUUACCGCCCCCCCAUUUAUGACUUGAUCCUUGCGGCGGAGCACCUCGGGAUAGACUACAGGGAUCUGCAGCGGCGCAUCCAGGAAGAGCAGGAGGAUGACUGGGGUAGCGAUGAUGGCGACGAAGGCGCAAGAGAGCUGCGGGAUCUCGUGGACAACGACGAGGUCUACAAGCACAUUAGAGAUCGUUAUUUCCGAAGUCAGGACACGGCUUGCGCCACGAGAGAUGGUGACCGGUCUGACGAUGAAAUGCAGGACUCCUCAGAAGAGGAGACCGACAGCGAUGUCGAUUCAGACGACGUCGAUGAGUUGCUGAUCGAAAUAUCACCAGAUAAAGCUGCAGAGGCAAUGGCCAAGCCACACGGGAAGCGUCAGAAAGGGUACAGUACAUCGGGCCGUCCGACGUCAAGAGCGCAUGCUGACACCGGUGGGGACACAACAUCCCUUGCGCCAGGGAUCCGGUCCACACUAAGGUCUACGGCUCGCCUGCAGACAACUCGAGUCGCCCCUUCUUCCUUGGGUUCUUUCGGGACAGCUGGCAGUGAUCCUUUCGAGAAGCAAGCGUCUGCGGAUGGCGAAACGCUUGAGUGCAACGCGAGCGCCCUGGUACCGACGGAAUCAGACAAAAAACAGUGGGGAUGGAAGUGGGAGUUCCAGCAAGGUGGAGGGCGACCAAGAUCCUUUUGCGCCACCGAUGAAGGUGAUGACGACGCGGCUGUAGCGGAACGCUGGUGGGGCACGUCUUGGGGAAGGAACCAAACAAGAUUUCGAUACAAGGGACGAUCGUAUGGCGUGGUUCCAGGAGAAGGGUGGAAGCUGCUCGAGGACGAAGGGACUUUGAAACUGCUGAGGCCGAAACGGAGAUUCGGAAAGCAUGCACCCAAACGAGAACGGCGUAGCAUGCGUCGAGCAACCCUCAGACGAGUACGCCAGCAAGUGCUGCAGCAUUCACCUACAGCUACGGCAAACGGAACGUAACAAACCUCCAGGCAAAGAACUUGAUAUUGUUCUAAUUCCCCGUGGUAAACACAGUCAACGAAUGGCGGAAGGAGCAUUUAUAUGUUAUGAGCUACGUUGGCUAGUUGGACACAAUCUACUUGGGAACUUCAUUUUCUCUAGAGGGCCAAUGCGAACUGAAGACUUCUCACAUGCCGUGGUAUGACUGUGUGUUCUUCUGACGGUUCCCAGACCACUGCAGUUGCUGUGGUGUGACGUAAGGAGAUGUCGGAUUGUGGGUCAAGGCAAGCGGCACAGUGGUGCUUUAGUGCUUGGCAAAAGACACUACCGGUGCUGCGCUACAUCUGCGACAGCGAUUAAGAGAACUACAGGUGCUGUCACUGUUAGUUGCCGCAUACUGUGAACAAUCCACGUCUUUGGUAGUUCAAGACCGCGAGUUAGACGGUGACGCGACCAGUGUCACAGUUGAUUGGCGAAGGCGCGUCCAUGUGUACGGAUGUUGAAUAGGAAACAUGCGUAUAAUUUCCAGAAACAGAAAUGUGAGAGUGAUCAAGGUGCCCAGAACUGUCCAAGCGACUGCGGUGCCUGUGUAUUGGUAUUCAUAGCAGUGACUCUUGCAAGUCUGGUCAACCGCCUGCGUACCAUUGCUACCGAAAAAAG